AUGGCGCCAUCAUUCGGACUCUCAGUGGUCAUCUUGUUCGCCCUUGGGACCUUGACGCUUUUCAUUUCCAAGAUUCGGUACAAUCAUAAGUACAGAUAUCCAAACGUCGUUCCUGGAUGGCCACUCAUCGGGAACACGCUUGACUUGCCCUAUCCGGCUGGAAUGUUCACCCGCGAGCUGACCAAGAAGUAUGGGGAAAUGAAACUCGUCUAUUUGAAUUCAUCCCGCACCGUUACGGAUCUCCUCGAAAAACGCUCCGCCAUCUACUCGUCGCGGCCAUUCCGCCCCAUGCUCAGCGAGAUUAUGUCUGGAGGCUUCCGCAUCGUCUUAAUGGGAUAUACAGCUCAAUGGCGCAACCAACGGAAAAUAAUGCAUUCAAUCUUAAAUGGACGACAAGCAGAUACAAAGUUUGUUCCGUUCCAGAACCUGGAGGCAAAGCAACUUGUAUACGAGAUUCUUAAAGAGCCUGAGAAUUUCCACAAAGCCAGCCAGCGUUUCUCGAAUUCGGUUAUUUUAAGUGUUAUUUUCGGCCGGAGAGCACGAAAUAAUGACGAGCUUCUAGAUUUCAUUCUAGGAUACACAAGCGUGCUUGGAGAUUAUCAGUUCAAUCCUCUCAGAAGCCCAGCUGAUGUGUUCCCAUGGCUUUCUAAGUUGCCAAAGCCUCUGCAGUGGUGGAGGCCAUUUGGAGAAGCCUUCUUCCGCAAACAUGUAGAAAUGUUCCAAAAGGAGUACGAGUUGCUCCUCGAUAGGAUGGCUAAAGGCACGGCAAAACCCUGCUUUGCAGUCGAUGUGCUCCAGGGAGCGGCAAAGAAAGAAUUUGAAGUCGACGAGACCGAGAAGAUAUACAUAUGGACAACACUGAUUGAAGCCGGCAGCGAUACGUCUCGCGUUGCUAUUCUCCAGAUGAUUGCCGGGGCAGCUUGCUAUCCCGAAUGGGCGACGAAAGCCAGAGCUCUCCUCGAUGAGGUAUGCGGUGCUAACGCUGAGCGUCUACCUACUCUCGCAGACAGGUCGAGAUUGCCAUAUAUUACUGCUGUGAUGAAGGAAACACUUCGCUGGAGACCGUUCUUGCAAUCUGGAGUGCCACACGUUCUUACGCAGGAUGAUGAGUACGAGGGCUAUAGAUUCCCCGCCGGUACCGAAUUCAGCUGGAAUGCUUACUCUAUUGCCCUGGAUGAGAAAGAAUAUGACAAUCCGAUCAAGUUUUGCCCUGAGAGAUUUAUGAAUGGGAAUCUGGAAAAGUUUGCUCACGGCCAUUGGAGUUUUGGGGCUGGUCGACGAGUAUGCCCUGGACUAAAUGUCGGUGCAUUCAACGUGUGGAUCGCAGCUGCUUGCAUACUUUACUGUUUUGAUAUUGCAGAGGAUCCAAAUUCUCCCAUCGAUACAUUCAAUACUCUCUGGGAAGAUCCCACAAAGGCACCCUUCAGAGUGAAGAUAACUCCCCGUAGCAAGGCACAUAUUCAAUUGAUAGAGAAGGAGGGAGCAAUUGCUCUUGCGACUGAAUAUUGA